AAAGAAAAUCCAAAAUCCAAAGACACGUCAUGAUGUGCAGGCGAAAAUACACGUCAACCAGCUUCGCCACUCCGAGUGGGAAGCUUCUUCCUUUUUCUUUUCUGGUAUUGUUGUUAUUCUAUUCAUUUCGAUUUUGGUUUAUUCAAUUGCUUAAUCAUUUCCCAACUUAGUAAAAUGUGGCUUAAUCACUCUCGCCACUAUUGUUUAUUGCACACUCACUCUCCCAAUUCCCAAACCCUUUUCCCCAAAUGGCCUGCCCCAUCAACGGCGCCGCCGCCGCCGCCAAUCCCAAGCCUAAACCAUCCCCAAUCUCUCAAUCGGAGAUCCAAUCCGAGUUCUCCCAUCACGACCCUUCAAUCGCCCGCAUAAACAACGGCAGCUUCGGCUGCUGCCCCGCCUCCAUCAUCGCCGCCCAGCACCGCCACCAGCUGCUCUUCCUCCGCCAGCCCGACCAUUUCUACUUCAACACCCUCAAGCCGUCCAUCCUCCAAACCCGCGUCCUCAUCCAGAACCUAAUCAACGCGGAUCACGUCGACGAAAUCUCCAUCGUCGACAACGCCACCACCGCCGCCGCGGUCGUCCUCCAGCACACGGCUAGGGCUUUCUCCUCCGCCACCUUCCAGCCCGGCGACGCCGUCCUCCUCCUCCACUACGCCUACGGCGCCGUCAAGAAGUCCGUCGAGGCCUACAUUUCCCGCACCGGCGGCCACGUGAUCGAGGUUCGCCUCCCUUUCCCUGUUAAAUCUAGUUUCGAAAUUGUUUCCGAAUUCGAAAAGGCGCUCCGAUUGGGGAAAUCGAAUGGUAGGAAAAUUAGGUUAGCUAUUAUCGAUCACAUCACGUCUAUGCCAUCUGUUAUCAUACCUAUCAAAGAGUUGGUUAGGAUGUGUAGAGACGAAGGCGUUGAUAGGAUAUUCGUGGACGCCGCCCACGCCAUUGGGAAUGUUGAGAUUGAUGUGAAGGACAUAGGUGCUGAUUUUUACACUAGCAAUUUGCACAAGUGGUUGUUUUGCCCUCCCUCCGCCGCCUUCUUGUACUGCAAGAUGUCGGAUGAAUUGUCCGACUUGCACCAUCCCGUCGUGUCUCACGAGUAUGGUAAUGGUUUGGCAAUGGAGAGUGCGUGGACGGGGACAAGGGAUUACAGUGCUCAGCUGGUUCUGCCGGAGGUGAUGGAGUUUCUUGGUAGGUUUGAGGGCGGACUCGAGGGGAUAUUGACGAAGAAUCAUGAGAGUGUGGUAGAGAUGGCGCAGAUGCUGGUGAAGGCGUGGGGGACAGAGCUGGGGGCGCCCCCAGAGUUGUGCUCUAGUAUGGCGAUGGUGGGGAUGCCGGCUUGCUUGGGCAUUAAGAGCAGUUCGGAUGCAUUGAAGUUGAGGAAGCAUUUGAGGGUGUGUUUUAAGGUUGAGGUGCCCAUUUACUAUAGGGCGCCGUUGGAGGGAGAGGUUGAUCCCGUCACAGGGUAUGCUAGGAUUUCUCACCAGGUUUACAAUGUGGCUGAUGAUUAUUAUAGAUUUAGGGAUGCAGUGAAUACAUUAGUCAAAGAUGGGCUUACUUGUGCACUUCUCUCCAAAUAUGAAGCUUAGCAGGGAAGAACAUGAAGUUUGUUCAAUAGCAACUAUGCAUCCGGCCAUUUCAAACGGAGGAGCAAGGAAAUGAUCAUUUCCUUACCGUUUCUCUGAAGAAAUAAUGUAGGCUUUCAUGAUCUUGGUGUUCUUUAGGAAUGUUGAAAGCAGUUUAUGUACUAGUGUUGUAAAAACUAGUUUUGCGCCCGUACAAUGCACAUGAUAUAUUAUUUAAAAAAAUUAAAUAAAUUAACUUUUUAAAACUUUUA